AUGGUGUAUGUCGAUGACAUAAUUGUCACUGGAAAUGAUAAUGUUCUUCUCUCGCUGAUGUUGGAAAGUUUAGCCACACGGUUCUCUGUCAAAGAUCAUGAACCAUUGUCCUACUUUCUUGGCAUCGAAGCAACAAGAACGGCUGCGGGAUUGCAUUUGAAUCAGCGGAAGUAUACUCUUGAUCUCCUUGCACGCACAAAUAUUCUCAAUGCUAAGCCUGUUCAAACUCCCAUGGCCACUAGUCCGAAGCUUACACUUCUCUCUGGUUCUAAGUUGAGUGAUCCAAAGGAGUAUCGCAGUGUAGUAGGGAGUUUACAAUAUUUGGGAUUUACACGGCCUGACAUAUCAUAUGCAGUAAAUCGUUUGUCCCAAUACAUGCAUGCUCCGACUACGGCUCAUUGGCAGGCGGUCAAACGUUUACUUAGGUAUCUUUGUGGGACGUUUACUCAUGGUAUAUUUCUCCGUCGACAUAAUUCUCUUUCUCUUCAUGCCUACUCGGAUGCUGAUUGGGCUGGGGACUCUGAUGACUACGUCUCCACCAAUGCUUAUGUUGUUUACUUAGGUCACAAUCCCAUCUCCUGGUCUUCAAAGAAACAACGAGGCGUGGCUCGUUCUUCCACCGAAGCUGAGUAUCGCUCAGUUGCCAACACCACUUCUGAGUUAAUUUGGGUUUGUUCCUUACUUCAAGAACUAGGCAUCCGACUACCACAAGCUCCAACCGUGUACUGUGACAAUAUGGGAGCGACGUACUUAUGUGCGAAUCCGGUAUUCCACUCCCGAAUGAAACAUAUUGCUUUGGAUUACCACUUUAUUCGAGAUCAAGUUCAAUCAGGAGUGGUUCGUGUGGUUCAUGUCAACACCAAGGAUCAGUUAGCCGAUGCUCUAACGAAACCUCUCUCACGGCCUACCUUCACGUUGCUCACCAACAAGAUUGGAGUUACGCCAAGCCCCUCCAUCUUGAGGGGGUGUAUUAAGCAUCAAUCAAGGAUCAAUCAUCAUCAAUGA